GUGGCAAGGAAACACACCCGUCAGCGGCGCGCACAGGGAAAAAAAAGGAUAAGCGCGGACAAAGGAAACAUGGACGCAUCCGAGAAGUAUCCGUGCGCUUGUAGAAUGGAAUUAACAAUUAGGCCACUGUGCACAUAAAUGAAAAACCGUUAAUGCUGAAGUGGAAGGCAAGAUAUUGCAAACUGACAAGGCGGAGUGCUGUUUUUAAUCCGUCUGCGGAUCCUAUGAUCUUGCGAUGGCUGUUGCAGGGAUAUGUGAUUGCCUAGACAAAAAAGUGCCUCUUUCUUUUUUGCUAUUUUUAUUAUUUUGUGGCCUUGCUCUCGGACAAAUACGAUAUUCCGUGCCAGAGGAAUCGCAGAGUGGAACGAUUGUAGGUGAUAUUGCACAGGAUUUGGGUUUGGAUAUUCGAAAGCUCUCCACCCGAAAAAUUAAGGUAACCUCUGACAGCGGCAAAAGGUACGUGGACCAUAAGAAUGGAAAAUUGGUGGUAAACGAGAGAAUUGACAGAGAGACGUUGUGUGAUACGAGCACCGCGUGUGUUUUAAAUCUCGAGGUUCUUCUUGAAGACCCACCUGAAGACCAUAAUGUCGAGGUGGAGAUAACAGACGUGAAUGAUAAUACGCCGCAGUUCCCCAGAGACGAGUAUCAAUUAGAGAUCACAGAAUCGGCUUUGCCGGGCUCUCGUUUUCCGAUCGAACACGCGCAAGAUCUGGACAUCGGUACCAAUUCGGUUCGACUGUACCGGCUCAGCCCAAACGAGCAUUUCGCGCUCGAUUCCAACAAGCCUUCGUUGAAUACUAAGCACAUCGAGCUCGUGCUCAAAAAGCCAUUGGAUCGCGAGCUCGCCCCUUAUCAUCAGUUACUCCUGACAGCGACAGACGGUGGCACACCAGCACGAACAGGUACCGCAAAAAUAAACGUUCGCGUCUUAGAUUCGAAUGACAACAACCCCGUUUUUGAUAGCUCGGUCUAUAAAGUCAAAUUGCUUGAAAAUUCUCCCAAAGACACUUUGGUUAUCAAACUGAAUGCCACAGACCAAGAUGAAGGAACAAACGGGGAGGUGCUUUAUUCAUUCAGCAGUUACACCCCAGACAGGGUCAGGCAGAUGUUCAGCAUGGACACCAACACUGGAGAAAUCAGAGUCAAGAGCAAUGUGGACUAUGAAGACACCAAUUCAUAUGAAAUGUACAUCCAGGCCAUGGACAAAGGCCCAGCUCCCGUGGCUGCUCAUUGCAAAGUGGUGGUGGAGGUCGUCGAUGUCAAUGACAAUGUUCCAGAGAUCGUGCUUUCAUCUCUGUCCAGUCCAGUACGUGAAGAUGCACGUGCAGACACAGUGGUGGCAUUGAUCAGUGUCACUGACCGGGACUCUGGCCCUAACAAACAGGUCACCCUUGAAAUUCCACCAGGUCUUCCUUUCAAAAUCAAAUCGUUUAGAAAUUACUACACCUUGGUAACCUCAGCUUUUCUUGACCGUGAGAACACAGCAGCCUAUAAUGUCACCCUCAGCGCUACCGAUGGCGGCAACCCUCCUCUUUCGUCUCAGAAAACCAUUCAGGUGGAUGUUGCAGAUGUGAACGACAACCCACCUCGCUUUGACCAGACCUCCUACACUGUGUAUGUCACGGAGAACAAUGCACCUGGAGCCUCGCUCUGUACCAUCAAGGCUCAUGAUUCAGAUGUCAAUGAAAACGCUCGCAUCACCUACACGGUUCUAAAUGACCACAACCAUGGGAUCCUUGUCACCUCCUAUGUGUCGGUGAAAGCAGACACAGGUGUUGCCUACGCUCUUCGCUCCUUUGACUUUGAGUCAUUACGGGAGUUUCACUUCCAGGUUAAAGCUCAGGAUGGUGGUGUCCCACCACUCAGCCGUGUAGCCACCGUGUAUAUCUACGUAAUGGAUCAAAACGACCACCCGCCUGAGAUUGUGUAUCCCCCAGCUAAUGGCACACGCUCAACGGAGACAGUCCAGAAGAAUGCAGAGCCAGGUACAUUGAUCACAAAGGUUGCGGCCUAUGAUGCUGAUGCCGGACAGAACGCAUGGGUUGUCUAUCUGCUCGACCAGGCCAGUGAUCUGGAUCUAUUCAAAGUGCAUGAACACACAGGAGAAAUACGCACAACACGGCGUGUCCUUGAAGACAACUCCACCUCUUUUAGUCUCACUGUACUAGUAAAGGACCACGGAGAACCACCUCUUUCAUCUACAGCUACGAUUAAUGUGGCCGUCAUGGAGGUGCCCCUAAAAGUCACACCUGACCCCAAACGAAUCAUUCGCCCUCACAGCGCUCUCUCAUUAUCCAAAGUGACAUUAUACCUCAUCGUGGCCUUGAGUGCCACCACCUUUGUUUUCUUGGUGACGGUGGUUGUGCUGGCAAUUGUGCGUUGCCAUGCCUACUGCACCCAACCCGGAUCCUGUUCGCCAUGCUGUGUGUCUCAAAAGGCCCAGGCAGAAGGUGGCUUGGGAGGUGGUGGUGGAGGUAGUGGUGGUGGUGGCGGCGGCUCGCAACCCAAUAACAAUGUGGUGCUCCGAAGAGACCUCAAGGUUGAGCCACAUUACAUUGAGGUCCGGGGGAAUGGCUCACUGACCAAAACCUAUUGCUACAAGACCUGUCUGACUGCCACAUCAGGCAGCGACACCUUCAUGUUCUACAACACAGGCCGGCCCAUCAGUGGCACCUGGGGCUCAGAGCGCUUCUUUACUGGGGGAAGUGGAUUUGUUCGCAGGCUUAGUAUGCCAGAUGCAGCAAUACAGCCCAAAGGCCCAAAUGCUGACUGGCGUUACUCUGCGUCGUUGAGGGCAGGAGUGCAGAGUUCUGUGCAUAUGGAGGAGGCAUCAGCUGUGAUGCAGGGAGCGCAAGGCAUGCUGGUCCAGAAUUGGCCCACGGUCUCCAGCGCAGCAGAUGGUGAAGGAGAGGGACAGCUGUCUCCUCCUGUUGGAGCUGGAAUCAACAGUAACAGCUGGAGCUUCCGCUAUGGCGCGGGCCCCGGAUACGGCCCUCCACAAGCCCUGAAGCCGGGAGAGAUUCCCCCUGAAGCCUUCAUCAUCCCCGGCUCUCCGGCCAUCAUCUCCAUCCGGCAGGACCCAGGUGCCGUGGAUGAUAAGGGCGAGUUCAUCACUUUCGGGAAGAAAGAGGAGUCCAAGAAGAAGAAAAAGAAGAAGAAGGAAAAGAAGGACAAGAAGGAUAAAGGGAAAGAUGAUGGCGAGGAGUAAUGAAGAACAUCCCACUACAAUAUUAAAGCUAUCAACUUGCGUUUGUAGCAAAAUGAUGACAGAAAGAGUAAACCAAAAAUACUGAAAACGUAAAGAGAGGAGAAAAUCCCUUCAAUAUACCAUAUCUACCAAGUCCAGGCUGAAAAGAGUUCGCUCUAUGUGCAGACACGUAUAAAUAACACAAAUUAACCCAGUGAACAUUUACAUGACUAUAAUUGGCUAUUUUUAUAGUUCUAAUCCAUCUAAGAAAGACUCUACAGUCUACAAAAUAAAAACCCAGACACUCACACCUUGUAAAUGAUAUUUUCAUCCACAACAAAGGACGUCCCUCUCUCUUAAAAGGAUCAAACUAAUUUCCAGUUAAACUGGAUAUGAACUCAUCCGAGAGUUUUCUCUGCCUUCGUCCCUCAUCUUCAUAUGGGAAAGAAACAACCUCCCCGGGCCCCCAUCUCACGUCCUGAUCUGCAAGGAAUAAAACUUUCCAGACACAAAUUUGACUGCACCUUCAUCAGAAAGACCAGUGUCUGAUUUCUAUAGCAGAUCUAAAAGCAAGAGAUGGGAAUGUAGCAGUCAAAUCAACUCCCGAAAUAACCUAGAAAAGAACAAAGAGAUCGCUAACGCUUCUGUCCUGCUCCCGAACAAAUCUCAGAGCGACACUUUACUCAGCAUUCUAUGUAAGAGCAAUCCAAUACUCUAAUACAAUCCAAAAUUAUGCACAUCUACGAAAUAAAUGAUGCAUAAACCUAGAGAUUGUUGCUCUCUAAAGCAUUACAGGCUGUCCACACUUUGGACAGCUAAAGGACUGAAGCACAACAGCCUCUCAAAAGUCUGUAAAAUAGUGCUCAUCGCUUCAUUUAAAGAAAAAAAAGCCGCCAACUUCCUUUGCUGCAGUUUUGAAUGUUUGAUAGCCGUCAUCCCACUUUCCGCCAGCUUUACGUCUUAGUCCAGCUUACACCCUUUGCAUCUCUGAUGAUAUCCGAGUUUGUUCCCCAAGUCUGUAGAAAUUGUACAACGGGUGCUUGUUGUUUCAUUUCAAAACUCACUAAAUUGAUUUGAAUGUUUGAUAGGCGUCAUCCCAUUUCUUGCCAGCUUUACAAUCAUAGUCCAGCUCUCUUUUACCUACAGCUUGUAACUAACAUUGCCAUCCUCCCUUUAUCAGACGUGCUGUGCUGGCCUCAUGUCAGUACUGCCCCCUGGUGGUGCGUGUAGUAUAACGUAACAGGAAAGAGCAGAAAAAGAAGCCACUCCUUCUGCAGGAAACAUAAGCACAUGUACUGGCCCCUACAUCCACGUAUAAAUUCAAUAUACACCCGUGUUUAUGCUUUGACAGCAGUGGAGCUAACCGUGGACUAUGCAGCUAUGCUUAUGGAGGAGUUUAGCCAUGGCGUUUGGUGCUUUCUAGGACGAUGAUAGAGGGUAGGCAGAGAUUAGACUGAGGAAUUAUAGCAGAGGGCAGUAUAGAGUUUUUCUACUGUAUAUAAUUAUUAUAGAAACAUAGCUUCAUGACAUAGUCGAUUUUUGUAAAUAAUGGGAACAUUUUCUUAGCAUUCGGACAUCAUGAUUAAGGUUUCAGUUCGUUUUCUUUCUUUUUUUAGAGGGAGCACAUCUCUUCCUUUCUUUAAAGAUACUGUUAAGUAACGGAGAGAUGUUUGUGCUGCUAUGAGGCCGUUUCAUCACACAUACACACACGCACACAGACACACUCCAGUCUCUUUCAGGUGUGGUUCAGUGCUGUCAGAUCACCAAGUGACUGUUUUGCAUGUUAAACGCAAUUAAAAACAGAAAUUAUAUAUAGAUAUUAAUGAACAGAUAUGUUUUUUCAUAAUUAUUUUUUCUCGUGUAUAACAGAACCGGAGAUGCGCAUCAUCUCUGCUUGAGUAUGGAGAUAUAAAUCAGAUUAUUCACGCAGGCAUACACUGAUUGCAUACAUGCAGUGAGCGUAAAAAGAAGACACAGAAACGAUGAAGGGAUCUGUGGCGGUCAACAUUGACAUUUACAUUCUAGGUAUAUGUAAUGCUGUAGUGUUAUGGUCUAAAUUGCUUUUCUUUACGAUCUUAUGAUUUUUUGCAACUUGAAAGGAUCAAUCCUUCGUUUUGUGCUAGGCUUUAAAAUCAAUAACACUGUAAUGUGAAACAGUUCAUACGUCCCUAUGAUAUAAACCUCUCCCUUCAAUAACAAAAUGAUAAAAAAAAUUACAAAAAUGUUAAAAACGAUUAAAAAAGAAAAUAAAAAGGUCUAUGUAUUCUGCUUGUGUGUGGUAAUUAUAUAUCAACUCAUCCAGUGCCAAGGUGGCACUUUGCUUUUGACUUUGACGGUGCAAAUCUGUUGGACAUUUUUUGUACACCUGCUCAUCAGUGUAAUGGUGUUUAUUAUUUUAUAUUACUUUAAGAAAUCUGGUAAUGUGUUUUGUUUAUAAAUCACAAAUAAAGUUUUGUUUCAUAAGUA